AUUAAGAAAAGUGACGCCAUUUCUUCUGAAAAGAAGUCGUAGAGAAUCUUUGUCUCCUGAGCAUCGACUUGCAAUGACUCUCAAAUAUUUGGCAAGUGGUAGUGAUAUAUUUUCAAUUGCUUCUGCUUAUCGCAUUGGAGAAUCUACGCUUCGGUCCGUCAUUAAGGAAACGUGCAUCGCUAUUAUCAAAGCUUUAUCACCGGACUAUCUAUCGCUUCCAACUAGAGAAAAAUGGGUUCAAAUUAGCAAGGGGUUUGAAGAAGUUUGGAACUUACCUAACUGCGGAGGGGCGAUUGAUGGAAAACACAUUCAUAUAAGAGCUCCUUCAAAUUCCGGGACUUUAUUUUUUAAUUACAAGAAAACAUUUAGCAUUGUGCUAAUGGCAGUUUGUGAUUAUGAAUAUAAGUUCUCGUUAGUUGACAUUGGAUCUUUUGGAAGCUGCAAUGAUGCGGGUAUCUUCCAUGAGUCUCAAAUAUCAGAAGGUCUUUUCAACGGUUCUCUAAAUUUUCCUAGAGAAUAUUUCCCAAUUGAUAAUUCGAACAUCAGUACACCUAUUUACCUUGUGGGAGACAGCAUUUUUCCCAUCUCUACAAAAUUGAUGAAACCAUACGGAGGUUCUUUUUUGGGAGACAUGAAAAAUAUUUUCAAUUACAGGCUCUCACGUGCUAGAAGGAUAGUCGAAAAUGCAUUUGGUAUUUUAUCAUCGAGAUGGAGGAUAUUAUACACAAGUAUUUCGGCCGACCCUGAAAGGGUAGAAAACAUUGUAAUGGCAGUUAUUUGUUUGCACAACUAUCUCAUGUCUGUCAAUAACAUGCAAGAAGCUCAAAAUCGUCGAUAUUGUCCGCUUUCCUACAUUGACCAGGAAACUGAUGAUGGUCACCUUAUUCUCGGUGAUUGGCGGUUUAAUGGGCGAGAUCAAUUACAGGAUUUUCCCCCAAGGACUUCUCGACAAGAGACACUGGCAGGGCAAGAAAUGCGUGAUCAGUUAGCCAGAUUUUUCAUGACUCCUGCUGGAUCUAUACCGUGGCAAAACGAUUACAUAAGGCGGGGUCGACAUGCAGAUGAUAUGUGAUAUGGAGUUUUACGACAACUGUCUGUCAACUUUCUUAGCUCAAUUAAGAUGCUAAAUGACUUUCAAAAUCGGCUAUUCGCAAUCCAAAUUCGGUUGUCCUACUCAAGAUAAAACUCAUGUGGCUAAAAGUGUAAUAAGUCUGAUGAAGGGAUGUCUUAAGAUUUUCUAGUCCCCAUUGAAAAGUAUUUUUUUUUUAUUUUUUUUUAUUUAUUUUUAUUUUUCAUUGAAAAGGCGAAAAUCAUUGCAUUACGGUGAAACAUGUUUGACCUCAUUUUCAGAAAUUUCAGCAAGAAGUGGGAAUUAAGGCGUUCCACGCACCAGUAAUUCGAACAAAAUUAGAUACAUUUUCCUCAGCUUCAUUCCUUAUUUUUGAAUCAUUAAAACUUCCCUCUGGAGUGGACAUACAUUAGUGGAAUUUUAAAAAAAACUGUAGAAUAAUAAUUUCUAUUUCUACCAACAUUAGUUUCUGUAUUCAAUGCACUUUUUUAUAUUUCAAAGAUCUACCUUGAAAGGGUCAGAACGUAUUCAAAAUCUCAGAAUAAAUAGUUUUUUCGGAAAACUAUAAAAUUUGCUUAUUUAUCGUAAAAUGCUUUUUAAUUAUUUUUUUCUUAUAUACUGCAUAUACUUCAAUGUUAUCUCGUUUCACAAAAAAUUGAUAAUUUCAAGUGAAAAAUGAAAUAAGUUAAUGUUUUUCAAAGAAAUGUUUCGCUACAAUGAGGAAAAAACAGUUAUAGAUUGUAAUAAUUUAGUUAUUUCGAUAUCACAUUUUCUUUUAUUUGCUCUCAGUUUCGCAAAAAUUCUUACCGAAACACAUUUUCCAAUUGUUAAGGAAGAAAACGACUAAACAUUAACAUUUGACAGUGUCAAAAAGACAGUUUUAUGAAUAAUUGGAAUAAUAAUACAAUACUCGUUUCGUGUUUGCUUUUCGUUUAAAAAUUUUAUAUGCAACUUGACUUAAUUUUUGUUCUAAUAAUAUUUUUUUAUAUUCAACCAACUCGCAAUGAAAAUUAUUAUGAAGACUGAAGAAAUCUGUGAUCAUAAAAAUAAUGUAACUAUUUAAAUUUUGUACGUAGUAUAUGUUAAGUAUCUAUCAUGUAUAUGUUAAAUUAAAACAUGUCCAAAAAGGUUAUUGUUACCUAGUUGUAUGAAAAAUGUUUUUAUAAUAAUAUAAGCAACAGUAUUUGAGAAAUAAUUAUUUUCUCAAAGCAAAUGCAUAUGUGAUGGAACAGUAUUAUAGUAUUUUAAGAGUUACUUUAUUCAUACAUAUAUUUAGAUAUAUAGAUGAAAUUAAAUUUUGUUAUUAAUGGAAGUUAAGAUUUUAGGCUAUUUAAAUGAGGUUGAAGUCUGCAACGUUUUUAAAGGCGAAAAAAAUAAUGCAACGAUUCAUUUUAUUUUAGCUUUAAAAAGUAAUGUAAAACAUUAAAAAAACUACACUUUUGUAAAAAAAAUAAAGAAAAAAUUCAAAAGGUUAUUGAAAAAAUUGUUUAAUCAAAAUAUAAAUUAUUCAAUAAAUUGUCUCAAAACAUUCUUUGAUUUUAUCUACAGAGUAUAAUUAUUAGAUUGCCAAAAAUUGUUUCUACCUCAACGUUGAAUGACUGAAAACAUGCGAGCUUUCAGAUUAACAGUUAAAUCAAUCAAUCUGUUUUUAAUUUGAAUUUGAGAAUGAUUUUA